UAAAGCGGGCAUUUAUUCAAAACAGCACUAUUUUCGUCAUAUCACCGCUAACAAUCUAAACUUCCGGUUUUCACUGCAUUUAUCCACGUGCAAUUCGUGAAUGGGUUUUCUCAUUAAUUGAUCUUUCAUUUUCUCGAAUUCAACGGAAAUACACAGAGAUGGGCAAGAAGAAGAAGCUUGAUAAGUUUCAGAAGAAGGUGAAAAAGUCUGAAGUUAAGAAACUAAAUCCAUUUGAGAUUAAGGUAAACAAGCAGAAACAUCACAUUCUUGGACGUAAAUUACCAAAACAUGAGGCAGGAAUCCCUGGAGUGUCACGGUCAAAAGCAAACAAAAAGCGGAAGGACACAUUACUCCAAGAAUAUUUACAGAGGUUUAAAGACAAUCAAGUUGUUGACAAACGUAUUGGAGAGAAUGAUGCUAACCUUAGCUACGAAGAGAAGAUGGCGAAGAGGUUUGUGGCUGAGAAGCAGAAAUAUCUCGAUAAAAGAAAUAUUUUCAGUUUAAACGAUGAAGAGGAUCUCACUCAUUAUGGCCAAUCCCUUUCCGAAAUUGAGACAUUUGAAGACCCCAUAAAUAGUGAUGAUGAAGAUUAUGAUGGACGUAUCACUGGUAAAAUGAUUGCUGAAGAACAUUUUGGUGGUGGUUUCUUGACUCAGGCUAACGGCACUGAUGAUGAGAGUAAGAGGAAACCUUGGAAAGAGCGAAUGGAAGAAUUGAUCACCCAGUCUCGUAAAGAAAAGAUGGAACAGCAGCAAGUUCGAGAGGAAACCAUUAGAAUGACUGAACAGGUCAACUCCGAAUGGAAGACUCUCCGUUUUCUCAUGUCUGACUCAAACAGUAAGGGAUCCUUUGAUGAACCGAAACGAAAAGUCGAUGAUUACGACAUGAAUGUAAGAUCUUUGGUCUUUGAAGCUCGAGCAAUGGCAAGUAACAAAAUGAAAUCUGAGAAGGAACUUGCCCAAGAAGAAAUGGAAAGACUUGAGAAACUUGAGAAAGACCGUUUACUGAGGAUGAAAGCACCAUGGGAAAUUGAAAAACAAAAGAAACGUCAAUUUAUAUCAGCUGAUGCUCUUGGAGAUGAACAGUUUCUACAACCUAUCCUGAAAGAUAAAUCAAAGAAAGAAGGCAAAAAGUCUGUAAAAUUUAGUGAUGACAUCGAUUUUAAAGAUGAUGAAGAAGAGGAGGAAGGAGAUGGUGAAGAUAACGAUGAGGAAGAGGAUGAUGAUGACGACGAAAGUAAUGAUGAUGAUGAAAGUGAUGAUGAAGAUGAUGAUGAAAAAGAUAGUAUUAAACAAUAUUCCGGUGAGUUUCACUUUAAUGAAGAUGAUGAUGAUGAUGACAAGAAGGAUGGUGAUGAUAAUGCUAAAACAGACAAAUCAAAGGGGGUAGCCGAAAACAGUGAGAAGAAUGAGGAUUGUACGACUGAUAAAAAAGAUGAAGAUGAUGAAGAAGCUGAAGCCAAGAAAAUGUUAGAAAUAUCAGAAAAAGCCAAGAAAGAACUACCAUUUGUAUUCAAAGUACCAAAAUCAUAUGAAGCACUCAAGACGGAACUAGAUGGUCAUUCUGCAAAUGACCAAAUUACCAUCAUCGAGCGGAUAGUGAAGUGCAACCAUCCCAGUUUAGGUGAUGGUAACAAGGCAAAGCUCGAGAAACUGUUCACAUUUGUCCUGACCUUUUACAUGGAUGUGUGUAAGCACCAAGAAGUAAAUCUAUGGCUUGUGGAUCGACUGGUUGUUAAGCUGUUCCAGUUAGCACAGUUCUCCUCACAACCUGCUGCCACUGCUGUGUUGGCAGCAAUCAAAGCCCAACAGUCAGCGCUUGGGAAGACCUUCCCUGGUCUUGAUACGUUGUUGCUGUUGAAGUUGGUUCCAAUCCUAUAUCCAGCUUCUGAUUUCCGACAUUUUGUUUGCACCCCGGCCAUGAUUUUCAUGUCACAGAUACUUUCUCAGUGUCUGAUUUCAUGUGAGAGAGAUGUAGCUGCUGGUUUAUUUAUCACUACUAUACUGUUACAGUGUGUCUCCAUGUCUAAAAGAUAUAUACCAGAGGUCAUGAACUUCCUCUAUGCUGUCCUUACUUUAGCCACUGUUGAACCCUCAAAUACCAAGUCUGUGGUGUUCCUGCCACCUUUCCAAAUAUCUACCUGUCCACAGGGUCUUUUACGGAUCAGUGAACAGGCGCAAAGUGAAAACGUGAAACCAUUGAAGUUGAGCUGGCUGUUGAUCAGGGACAGCAAUCAAACGACAAAGACUACGAAAAACAAAAGCAAGAAGAGUGAAGAUAACAAUGACAGUGAUGACAAGGAUGAUGGUAAAGACGAAGAUGACCUCAUCAACAAGCUGGAAGACACAACAUCAUUAGACUGCAACGAAUUUAGGUUGAGUGCCAUACAUGUUGCAGUGGGUUUGCUCCAGGAGUUCUGUACAUUGUAUUCUAGUCUUCCAAGUUUUGCUGCAAUUUUCCAACCAAUUACCACUCAGCUCAAUAAGCUUCCUACAGAUAAAUAUCCACCAGUAAUUCAGGAACAAAUAUCCAAACUGACGCAAGACAUAAGUGCUGCCGGGGAAACCAGCCAUUCUGCUCUGGUGCUGAAAAUUAAGAAGAAGACCAUAUCUUUACAACUAUUUCAACCAAAGAUUGAACAAGUGAUGGAGGGUCACAGGAAGAAGUCUGCGGGAAGUGCUGAAGAGAAUGAACGAAAGAAACUGCUGUACAAGGUGAAACAAGAGAGCAAAGGUGCCAUUCGAGAAAUCAAGAAGGAUGCACAGUUUUUGGCCAAGCACCAACUUGACGAACAAAGAAUGCGGGACGUGGAACGCAAGCGGAAAGUAAAGGCUUUAUAUUCAUUCAUGGAAACACAAGAAGCUGACUACAAAAAGAUGAAGCGGACUAAAGAGAAAUUGAGCCGAGCCACAUGAAGUUCUUAGGGGACAGACGGUGCUGGGAUUGUCCUAGUGAUGUCCUUGAUAGGAAGCAGCAAACAUUGGGACAAUCACAGAAAAAUAUAGAAUAUCCUAGAAGACCGGGAUCUGUAAUAUAAACUGAAUUCAAGUGUAUUUAUGUAUGAUAUUGUCAAUAUGAAAUUUAGGGUACCUGACUUGAGAAGCAGGGAGUAGCAGAUUACCCUGGGAUGUAACCAGUGAUGUGGUCACAUUUGGAUUGUGAAAAAUUCCAUCUUUCAAGUUCAGUCAGUUAAUCUGUUACUCCUUGUAUUGUCUCAAGCUGGUGCUUAUAAUUAAUGAUUUUUAUCAAAAUACAAAACUCAUUAAAUGAGACAUUUUUUUA